GCCAGUACUUCUUAGCAAGUCGUGGUGGUAACAUUAUUGGUGCCCAUUGAGUAAGUGCGUCCGUGCCCAAAGAUUUUCGAGUGUUAUCCCGAAGUAGCGUACACCACCUCUCGGAUGUAACUUAAUUGGCUACAUGAGAACUUAGGACUAUCAAAAUGAGCAAGGUGCCUCCAUGGUCGUGGUUGUGCCUGACAACUGUGAUUAUCUGGCAUGUAGAAUUAAGUCACCAAGAAACCCGAGUCGUCUGCUACUACACAAACUGGUCCGUCUACAGGCCGGGAACGGCGAAGUUCAACCCACAGAACAUAAAUCCCUACUUAUGCACGCACUUAGUCUACGCCUUCGGCGGUUUUACCAAAGAGAAUAACUUUAAGCCCUUCGACAAGUAUCAGGAUAUCGAAAAAGGCGGCUACGCGAAGUUUACCGGCCUGAAGACCUACAACAAAAACCUAAAGACGAUGCUCGCCGUCGGCGGCUGGAACGAGGGCUCGUCGCGCUUCUCCCCGUUGGUCGCGAGCGCCGAACGGCGCAGGGAGUUCAUAAAAAAUUCCAUCAAAUUCCUACGCCAAAAUCACUUCGACGGACUCGACCUCGACUGGGAGUAUCCCAGCUUUAGGGACGGCGGAAAACCGCGGGACAAGGACAAUUACGCCACCCUAGUUCAGGAGCUGAGAGAGGAGUACGACAGGGAAUCGGAAAAAACUGGAAGACCACGACUGCUUUUGACGAUGGCGGUACCGGCCGGAAUCGAAUACAUUAAUAAAGGCUACGACGUACCUCGCCUAAUGAAGUAUCUGGAUUGGAUGAACAUUCUCAGUUACGACUACCACUCGGCGUUCGAGCCCGCAGUCAACCACCACUCGCCAUUGUUUUCAUUGGAGGAGGAAUCCGAGUACAACUACGAUUCCGAUCUGAAUAUAAACCACACCAUAAACCAUUACUUGGAGGCCGGCGCCGAAGAAAGUAAGCUGGUGCUGGGAAUCCCAACGUACGGAAGAUCGUACACUUUAUUUAAUUCGGACGCGAAUGAAUUAGGAUCACCAGCCGAUGGACCUGGUGAGAUGGGCGACGCUACCCGUGAAAACGGUUACCUGGCCUACUACGAGAUUUGCGAAAAACUCAAAGACGACGGCUGGACGGUGGAGUAUCCCAAUCCGAAAGCAAUGGGUCCGUACGCGUACAAAGAGAACCAAUGGGUCGGGUACGACGACGAGGGCAUCGUGAGGAAAAAGGCGGAGUUUGUGGUCGAACGAAAACUGGGAGGUAUAAUGUUUUGGUCCAUUGACAACGACGACUUUAGGGGAACGUGCCACGGAAAACCCUAUCCGUUAAUUGAAGCGGCUAAGGACUCUCUCAUGUCGGCGUCGGAGUAUAACAAAAUUAAAGUUGAACCCAUACAGUCGACCAAGCUCAAAACGCGCCCUCGACCUAGACCAAACCGAAAGGAGGAGGAGAAGACGACCACAACCACCGAGAGACAUAGGCCGAUUAGAAAGAGACUGCGGUCCAAACCGCAAAGUACCACUGCAAGCCCCACGACCAGCAGCCCUACCCUGACAAAGUAUCAAACGCCAGAACCACCCACCACCCCCGAUCCAGGAAGCGAUUUUAAAUGCGAAGACGAAGGCUUUUUCCCGCAUCCUCGCGAUUGCAAGAAGUACUUCUGGUGCCUCAGCAGUGGACCUUCAGAGCUUGGAAUCGUGGCGCAUCAGUUCACUUGUCCCUCGGGGCUGUUCUUUAAUAAAGCCGCUGACUCGUGCGAUUACACCCAAAACGUACGAUGCGUCAAGCCGAAGUCGACGACGACCACAAGCACAUCAACGACGACGACAAGCACGCCAUCGACCACGCGUCGCCUAACAACGUCGAGGACCACCACGACCUCCACUACAACGCCCCAAGCUGAGGAAUACGAGUACGUGUACGACGACGAAGAUGUUAACGACAAGGACUCGGAGGAGGACCCCAGAGUGAUCAAAGAGCUGAUCGAUUUAAUUAAGAAAGCUGGCGGUAUAGAAGAACUAGAAAAACAGUUGGAUAUCCACAAAAACGGAAGCGCGAGUACGAACCCGGGAUCCACCACCCCGUCGGGUUUCAGCAAGGUCCUGUACGAGCGGGUACUUAAAAAUACAGCCGGAAAAACCGAACGACCCAAAACGACGGCCCAACACUCAGCUAACAGUCGCGGGCCUCAAUUCGAAGGACCUAGAGAAGGCGUCCUCGCGAAAGGACGAGCCAGACCGCAAUACACCGCAAUUAACAGAUUUAGAUCGACGACGGCAAGGGAUGAAUCGGAAGAGGACGUCGAAGCUCACAAAACGGAAUUGAGCACAACCAGCGGCAGAAAGUCUAAUCUACCCGAGUACAUGACUAUAAUACGACAACGGGCGUCUACCACUCUCAUACCGGUGGUCGAAAAGCUUGAAUCGGAGGAAGAUGAAACGGCAACUGAAAGGAAAAAAAUCACGCCCUUAGUCCCCGAGUACGUGACUCUCAGAAGAUUUCGACCAACGACUGAAGAUAUUGGGGUACCUACUGAAGAAACGUCGACCAAAGCGGACAACAUAAAUAACUACAUCGACAAUGCGAAGAAUGAUGAAGAGAAGUCCGAGGCUCGCAUUGAAAGCUCAACUCGCAGAUAUGCGAUUACAACCGAGCCUUCGUCGCCAACAACGAAGGUGAGUGAUCCUGUUCCUUCUAAAGCCAUACUGAAGCCGAGACCCUUCCAAAAACCCGACACUAUCCACACUAAUCGAUACCACACGCCGCCGAGGCGCACGACGACGACGACGACCGCCAAGGUUGAGGAGGCAACGACACCGGAUGAUUACGACGACAACGACAAGACGAACCAGUUGCCUAAGCGUCGUGGUUCCACCCGAUUCGAGUACCCCGAGCCGCAAAAUGAUCAGAGGAUUUACCAAGAUCGCAAGUUCCGACCCGACAUCGCACUGGAAAUUUCCGAUCUCUCUUCGUUGACUUCCGUCGACUUUUCCAAACCGUUGAACGUGACGGGUGGAAGGAGGCGGGUACCUCCACGUCGAGGCAAUCCCGACGGUAAUGCGAUUGAUGCGAUCAGCACGACACAGUCUUCCAUUGUACUGGCGCCUAGGUUUCAAAAUCCCACUCGUAGUAGUACUACGACAACCGUCUCACUGUUGACUGAACCUAAUAGCACACAGGGAUAUGAAAACCAAUCUACCAGGACGACGAGUUUCUUUAGUAGACGGACUGAAUCCUCAAAAAAUGAUGUCAGCCAAGCUACGCCAGCGUUCAGGUUAAGAAGUACUACACCAGUAACGGUCCUAAACGAAACGGCGGCAGUAAACCGAUUCAGCCGCAAACCAUUCCGUCGCACCACCACAACCGAACCACCCGUAGCGGUGAGCACAACCACAGAAUCAAGGCGGAGGCCAACUCGGAAGAUAAUCAGACGUUACAGACCGACAAGUACAACGCAAUCACCUCCUAGUCCCUCAAACGAAAAGCCAAACGUAACCGAAAGGGACAACUCAAUAAGUACCACGCAACAAUCUCCUAGUCCCUCAAACGAAAUUCUUAGCACAACCGAAAGAGGCAGCUCAAUAAGUACCACGCAAAAACCUCCUACUCCCUUAAACGAAAUUCCUAGCGCAACCGAAAGGGACAACUCAAUAGGGGACGAUGACGAAGAAGAGGAAAACAUAAAGCUCUCUGAGACGACCAUAAAAGAAAGGAGCGAGCGCAUCAAUUCCCUCCAAAACGACCGAUUCGAAGGUAAGCAAAUAUUCUCGGGCCUAGGCAAAACCUCAUACCAGGAGAAGGGAGAGAUAAACAACGAGGAUUACUCGCUGAUGACAAACAUCGUUCGUUUGAUAACGGAACCGUCGCAGUCCACGACGCCACCUGAAGCUCGUACAAGAAAAAUAGUGCGCAAACUGGGCCUGGCUUCCACUACUCUCUCGGAUAAUUACACUCCGGUGGUACAAGAGGCGACGACCGAAGCGGUGACGGAUGAGAUCUCAACAGAUGAGGUGCGGUUGACGACGGUUCAGGAAGUUGAACCGGCUACUAGCAAACUCCCGGCGAAGCCGUUCCCCCACAAGUCGAAAUUUAGCCGCCCGCCGUUUUUACUUCAGCGAACGAGAGCAAGCACGGAGGCACCCGCGAGUUCCUCGACCAAGCGGAGCGGAUUCAGAGCACGUUACGACCGAAAAAGACCUACGUCACUAGAGCCGGUUGUCAUCACGCCAGAUGUUACGACUGAAAUCGCCAAAGCGACUAGGGAGGAGGCGUUCAGAUCGCGUUAUGAGCGGAAAAGGCCGAGUACGACCGAGGAAGUUACUAAAAGCACAACGACGGAGAUGACCACGUCAGUUGAGGAUGAUGUACGAUUGACUACAACCGAGGUAACCACGAAUAGCGCAACAAUGGAGAUAUCGACUCAACCUGAAUUAUUUGGGGAGGAUGUUGUAGACGGGUACAGUUCGCAUUAUGAACCUACGGUGGAGACGACGAGCACAACACUGGAGGGCUCGACCUAUAAAUCAAUUUGGGAUGAAGUGGACACUGUGGAGGACAAGACGAGAAGUACUCCCAUGGAGGGUACAAGUACAGAAGGUUUCGCCAGCAUCUUUACAACCGAUGAUGUCAGUAGUACGACCACCGAACCCAGUACCAGUAGGGCAUCAUCGCCGAGCACAACCCGAAAAUUCAGGAAGCGUCGGCCAACCAAAUCGCGAAUUUCGUUAUCUAGGAACAUUGAUUCUUCUCAUCAAACCCUUAAUAGUGCUGAUGACGUAGGAAAAACGUACAAAUCAAAGCUGAAUUUAAAUCGGAACGUACAAGAAGUAACCACAACUGAGCCCGUGGCAACCGCUACGCUACUGCAUGUAUUUGCAGAAGCGGAAACCUCGUCGACGACCGAGGCAAGGCGCACAGACAAGAUCGAAAAGCUGAUCGAAAUCAAUCGCAUCGUCGAGGUCUCGCUAAAGGAAGGCAAACUAAAGAAUCGCACCGUAAGCGAGAACGAAGUGACACUCCUACCGACAAUGGACCGAGUCGGCGCGAUCAAUCGCGUCACCAACAUAAAAAUAGUCGACUCCCUCAACUCACCCCCGCUCGUCGAAAGCAAAUCGAUAGUCAACACGUUCACGCCGAGACCGCACCACGACCCGGAAUCGUCGACGAUCGCCUUGGAGGGACUCUUCCAAUUCAAAAACGAACAAGCCAAUGACGAGCUCUUGGAAACCGAACACGCCCGAUACGUCAACGUGAGAGUUCGGCCGCAUGACGAGUACACAACCUCGAAAGCCGAAGUAGUCGAAAUUACCCCGAAAGCGCGCGGAGAUCUGAUACGCAUCGCCCCGAUCGCCAUCUCCCUUAAAACCCUUCUGGAACGAGGGAUUGACAAUGUCGCCUUGCCAAAUAAUUAAUUUCUGUUUCGGUAUCUUUUUUUAGGCGGAAUGCUUGAAUGAGUGCAACUGUAAAUACUAUUUAUGUCUGCACAUGUAUUAUAUUACGCACUAGUGUUUGGGUCUUCCAGUUCGUGCCAUAUGAGUGUGAUGUUAGCCGAAAACGGACUGUUGUAGAUGUACGGUCAGUGGUUUUGUUGUAUUAUGUAGUUAAAAUAUAUGUUUAAAUGUU